AUGAGGCUGUUUUCCUACAGACUUAACCCCAGGCCAGCCCAACCCCAGGCCAGCCCAACCACAGCCCAGGCCAGCCCAACCCCAGGCCACUACAACCCCAGCCCAACCCCAGCCCAGCCCAACCCCAGGCCAGCAAACCCCAGCAAAACCCAACACCAGCCCAAUCCCAGCCCAGCCUCUGUGACCCAGCCCAAACCCAGCCCAACCCCAGGCAAGCCCAACCCCAGCCCAACCCAACCCCAGCCCAACCCCAGCCCAACCCAACCCCAGGCCACCCCAACCCCAGCCAAACCACAGCCACAGACAAACCCCAGGCCACCCCAACCCCAGCCCAAACCAACCCCAGGCCAGCCCAACCCCAGCCCAACCGUAGCCCAGCCCAGCCCAACCCCAGGCCAGCCCAAACCCCUGGCCAGCCCAAUCCCAGCCCUACCACAACCCCAGCCCUGCCCAACCCCAGGCCAGGCCAGCCCAACCCAACCCCAGCCCAACCCCAGGCCAGCCCAUCCCCAGGCCAGCCCAUCCCCAGCCCAGCCCAACCUCAGCCCGGCCCAACCCCAGCCCUGCCCAACCCCAGGCCAGCCCAACCCAACCCCAGCCCAACCCCAGGCCAGCCCAACCCCAGGCAAGCCCAACACAAGCCCAGCCCCAGCCCAGCACCACAACCCCAGGCCAGCCCAACCCCAGGCCAGCCCCAGCCCAGCACCACAACCCCAGGCCAGCCCAGCCCCAGCCCCAGCCCAGCCCAACUUCAUCCCAACUCCAGCCCAACCCCAGCCCAACCACAGCCCAGCCCAACCCCAGGUCAGACCAUCCCCAGGCCAGUCCAACCCCAGCCCAACCCCAGGCCAGCCCAACACCAGCCAAGCCCCUGCCCAGCACCACAACCCCAGGCCAGCCCAACCCCAGCCCAACCCCAGCCCCAGCCCAGCCCCAGCCCAACCCAACUUCAUCCCAACUCCAGCCCAACCCCAGCCCAACCACAGCCCAGCCCAACCCCAGCCUAGUUGGACGGUGAUUGGUUGCUUAACGGGAGUGCUGAGCAGGCAAGCCCCAGCCCAGCACCACAACCCCAGGCCAGCCCAACCCCAGCCCAGCCCAACUCCAGCCCAACCCAACCCCUUCCCAACCCCAGGCCACCCAACCCCAGGCCAGCCCAACCUGAUUUUGAUUAGCCCAACCCCAGGCCAGCCCAACCCCUGCCCAGCCCAGACCAACCCAACCCCAGCCCAACCCCAGGCCAGCCCAACACCAGGCCAGUCCAACACCAGCCCAGCCCCAGCCCAGCACCACAACCCCAGGCCAGCCCAACCCCAGCCCAGCACCACAACCCCAGGCCAGCCCAACCCCCAGCCCAGCCCCAGCCCAGCCCAACUCCAGCCCAACCGCAGCCCAGCCCAACCGCAGCCCAGCCCAACCACAGCCCAGCCCAACCCCAGGUCAGCCCAACACCAGGCCAUUCCAACACCAGGCCAACCCCAGGCCAGCCCAACCUGA